AUGAAUUAAUCUACGGAAUAGAAUGAAGACCUAUCUGAGAUUUUCGCUUAGGUUAAGGAUGUUGAUGAAAUAAUAUACUUUUUGAUAAUUAAAAUAUUAAGAAAAGAAAAAAUUUCAGAUUGCAUGGGAUUCCUUUAAAACCAUGAUCAUAAAAUACUAUUAGUUGAAUUACACAAAAUUUAUAAUGAGAUCGAAUUAGGAAUAAAUAACAUAAAAUUAAUUGCUAACACAAUCAAAUAAAUAUAAAAUCUAAACUUCAAUAAAUAUAAUUAUUCAGGAAAAAUUUAUAAAAAAAUCAAACAAGACCUGGUUGAAUAAAUAUCAGAAGAUAAAAAGAUCAUUCAUUUUUUUUAAUUUUUAGUUCGUCUCACUGCUAGUGAUAACACUUUUAUAUAAUGCGGGUCUAAUUCAUUAUAUAUUUUGGCCUAGAUGAAAGUUAACCUUUCAAACGAAAAUUUUGAAAAUAUCAGAAUUUAGAAUACUUCUUUAGUUGGGGCUAACUUUGUCAGAUGUAAUUUAAGUGGAUCAGAAUUUUAUAAUGUCGAUAUAAGUGGAAUUAACCUAAAUGGAGCUUUAUUAUUUAAUUGCAAAUGGACAAACUUAAAAAUAAAUGAGUUAAAUAAACUUUAUGUUCAUAAUAGUUCAAUCAAUUCAUUAUGCUUUUCUCCUGAUGGUCAUACCUUAGCAUCUGGGAAUUCGAAUUAGCCUAUAUGUAUAUGGGAUGUUAAAACAGGAUAUGAAAAGACCAAAUUUGAUGGUCAUAGUUGGUAUAUCAAUUCAGUAUGUUUUUCUCCUGAUGGAAAUCCUUUAGCAUCUGGUAGUGGAGAUAAAUCUAUUCGUUUAUGGGAAGUUAAGACAGGAAAAUAAAUGGCCAAGUUGGAUGGUCAUAGUUGGUUUGUCUAAUCAGUAUGUUUCUCUCCUGAUGGAAAUACUUUAGCAUCUGGUAGUGGAGAUAAAUCUAUUCGUUUAUGGAAUGUUAAGACAAGAAAAAAAAUAGUAAAAUUUGAUGGUCAUCUUAAUUCUGUCUGGUCGGUAUGCUUUUCUCCUGAUGGAGCUACUUUAGCAUCUGGUAGUCUUGAUGAGUCUAUUCAUGUAUGGGAUAUUAAGACAGGAAAAGUAAAGUUGUAAUUGUAGGGUCACAAUAGUUGUGUCAAUUCAGUAUGCUUUUCUCCUGACGGAAAUACAUUAGCAUCUGGUAGUAGAGAUAACCUUAUUCUUAUAUGGGAUUUUAAGACAGGGUGCAAAAUUUCAAGUUGAUCUGCUUAGUGUGCUUCUCUUCUGAUGGAACUACAUUAGCAUCCUGUGGCGGAGAUAAUUCUAUCUUUUUAUGGGAUGUUCAGACAGGAAAAGUAAAGUUAUAAUUGGAUGAUCACUAUGGUUGCGUCAGUUCAAUAUGCUUUUCUCCUGACGGAAAUACAUUAGCAUCUGGUAAUAGAUAUAACUCUAUUUGUUUAUGGGACUUCAAAACAGGAUAAUAAAACCCCAAUUUGGAUGGCCAUGAUGAUUAGGUCUUCGAAGUAUGCUUCUCUCCUGAUGGUUCCACAUUAGCAUCUUGUGGUGGAGGUAAUUUUAUCUUUUUAUGGGAUGCUAAGACAGGAAAAUAAAAGGCGAAAUUGGAUGGUCAUGAAAAUUGGGUUUACACCGUAUGCUUCUCUCUUGAUGGUAAAAUAUUAGCAUCUAGUGGUAGAGAUUAAUCUAUACGUUAUGGGAUAUUAAAACAGAUUAAUAAAUGGCCGAAUUGUAAAGUCCUCUUAGGGAUGUCUUGUCAUUAUGUUUUUCUCCUGAUGGAAAUACAUUAGCAUCUGGUAGUGGAGAUAAAUCUAUCCGUUUAUGGGAUGUUAAGACAGGAUAAAAUAAGGCCAAGUUGGAUACUCAUGCUAUUGAGGUUAGAUCAUUAUGCUUCUCUCCUGAUGGGACUACUUUAGCAGCUGGUACUAGUGAUUGCUUAAUCCAAAUAUGGGAUCUAAAGAGAGAAAAAGCAACGAUAUCAUUGAAAGGUCAUGAUCAAUUUGUCAAUUCAGUACAUUUCACUUCUGAUGGUAAGACAUUAGCAUCUUGUAGUUAUGAUAAAUCUGUCUGUUUAUGGGAUGUUAAGACAGGAAAAAAAAAGUUUUCUUUGAAGGGUCAUGAUAAAGAUGUCAAUUCAGUAUGCUUCUCUCCUGAUGGAAAAAUAUUAGCGUCUGGUAGUAGCGAUAAAUCUAUCCGUUUAUGGGAUGUUAAGACAGGAAAAAUAAUGUUUGUUUUGAAGGGUCAUGAUAAAGAUGUCAAUUCAGUAUGCUUCUCUACUGAUGGAAAAACAUUAGCGUCUGGUAGUAGUGAUAAAUCUAUCCGUUUAUGGGAUAUUUAGUAUGGAUAAAAAACUUAAUUGACUGGCACCAAUGAUAGUGAUGUUCUUUUAUCCUUCAAAAAAUCCCUUCUUUACAAAAAUCAUUAUUCAAAAAGUCGUAUAUAUAUUUCUAGAUUUCCUAGUUUCAAAAUAUAUUACUAUUCUUAUUAUUUUCAAAUCAUUAAAAUUAUAAGUGGAAGGAGCUUUGAUUAUUAAAGGCGAAUUUCUCAAUUACUAAGGUUUUGA